AUGCUGGAGAAAACAUUCCGCUCCUACACAGCCGAACAAGGCAAAACCUACGUCCAGAACCGGCUCGACUACCACCCCAACCUUUACAACACGGUCUUGAGCCACCACACCUCGACCGGUGGGAAGCUGGACCUGGUCCUCGACGUUGGCUGCGGCCCUGGCCUAGCAAUUGCCAACCUCGCGCCGCACUUCACCACAGCCAUCGGUCUCGACCCGUCCGAAGGAAUGAUCGCGACUGCGCGCUCCCGCGUCGCCAAUUUGCCCACCUCCGCUUCGGGAACGCCCAUCCGCUUCGAGGUCUCAACGGCCGAAGAACUAGGUCGGGACCUUGACCCCGCCGUCGCAGACGCCAGCGUCGACCUCAUCGUCGUCGCGACCGCCGCACACUGGUUCGACAUGCCGGCCUUCUGGACGAGUGCGGCCCGCGUCCUCAAGCCCAGUGGCACCGUCGCCAUCUGGGCGAGUGGACACAUGGCCGUACAUCCGGAUAUGCCCAACGCCCAUGCAAUCCAGGAGGCCAUGGACCGGAUUGAGACACAGUACGUGCAGCAGCAUUUCACGGCGGGGAACUGGAUGACACGCGACCGCUAUGAAAAUCUCGGUCUCCCCUGGACCAUUGAGCCCAGGGUUUCCGGGUUCGACCCAGCGUCGUUUGUGAGGAAGGAUUGGGGCGCUCGGGAUGAGGACUUUUAUGCAGUUGGGCAGCCGGAGGUGGGGCUUGAUGCGUUUGAGAGGAUGAUUGGGACAGGGAGUCCGAUCACGAGGUGGCGAGAGGCGAACCCAACCCUUGUGGGGACAGAGAGCGAUGUUGUAAGGAUAUUUAGGAGGGAGAUUGAGCGGUUGCUGAGGGAGACUGGCGUGAAGGAAGGUGAAGAGAAGGUUCGGGGGGCGACGACGGGGUUUCUCCUGAUGGUGAAGCGGGACGCUUAA